AUGCCAUUUGCUGUACCAGUUUUAUGGCGUGAACCUAGUAAUCAUUUUAAUGAUUGCUACUUUUGCAUGACUGACAUAUGUGGCUUUUCAAAGAAAAUCAAGCACAACAUUCAGUAUCCUGACAUUCUUUUAUAUUUGAAACAAGUACCUCACGAAGAAGAAAUGCCUCCUCCAUUACUUCAUACGGAAAGUUGGUUAGUGUUAGUACUAGGAGAUCUGCAUAUUCCCCAUCGCUGCAGUAGCCUGCCUGCCAAGUUUAAGAAGCUGUUAUUACCAGGACGUAUCCAACACAUACUUUGCACUGGCAACCUCUGCACUAAGGAGUCUUAUGAUUAUCUGAAGACUUUAGCUAGUGAUGUCCAUGUUGUUAGGGGUGAUUUUGAUGACAAUACAACAUAUCCAGAGCAGAAAGUCAUAACUGUUGGACAGUUUCGUAUAGGUCUAAUACAUGGUCACCAAGUAGUACCAUGGGGUGAUGAAGAGUCUCUAGCCUUGGUUCAGCGUCAGCUUGAUGUGGAUAUCCUUAUAUCAGGCCAUACGCACAGAUUCGAAGCAUAUGAACAUGAAAACAAAUUUUAUAUUAACCCUGGAUCAGCGACAGGGGCUUACAGUCCAUUGUUUAGAAAUGCGACGCCAUCUUUUGUUUUAAUGGACAUUCAAAGCUCAACAGUAGUGACAUAUGUUUACAAAUUGCUUGGAGACGAGGUUAAGGUGGAAAGGAUUGAAUAUAAGAAAGCAUAAUUUAUGUUUAACAUAUAAAUAUUUAUCUGUUAAGUUCUACCAUUUAUAUAAGUAGCAUCGGUGAAAUUUGUCUGUGCAGAAACUACCAAAUUGAAGCUUAUAUCCAAUAACUCUUGCGGUUGCUCCGUGGCGGGGCGAAACUUGUGUAGUGUGAGAUUGGUUGCCGUUUGUACAUGUGAAUAUGUGUGUGGACGGUGUACAACAGGUCUCGCAGAUGCUGGCUAUAUGUGGAAGUUGCUAGAUAUCAUGGUUUCACAGAUAUAAUAUGAACAUCCAUACAAUUCAAAUAUACAUAUAUUAAAGUUGUUUUUUUUAGAUUAGAUAGUGGUACAACAAAAUUGCAGAAUGUUAUCGGAAAACUAUGCCAGCCUAGAAUAAUUAUUUAAAUCAUCAUCAUCAGAAUCAUUAAAUUCAAAAUUAUUGUCUUAUUUUGAAAUAUUGUUGUAUAUAACAGCAUGAUUUCAGGUUAACAUAAAAUGAUAGAUUUACUACUAAACUAAUUUCAGUAAGUUUUAAAAUAAUUUUAGAAAUUUGUCAGUUUUGUAUGACGCCUAAAUUCUACAUAUAUAAAUGUCAAAGGGCAGGAAAAUUGUAUGCUAGUACUGCACCAUAAUUCUGAUGAUAUGUAUUAAGAACCAUCUGAUGUGACAGUGAUAAUAAUUAUUUUCUUUAUUAUACUCUGAUAUAUUUUUUUUUGUUAUAAUAACUAUAGUAGAAGAAUUAAAUUUAAGAUUGCAUGUGCAUUUUGUUUAUUUUUAUUGUUUAUCGGAAAUGUACCUACUGCUUGACCUGAAUUCCAAAAUAUAAAUAAAUAUCCUUUUGUUAU